UUAUUAUCUUACGUUAUAAAUUUCAUAAAUAAUUGUGCCGAAAGUAGCCACCGCCACCACCGUAAUCAGCAGAGAGGCCAACGAACAAUUACAUUUGUUUUGAUGUAAAAGAAGGCUAACAACAAACAAUCAUAGCUCACUUUUCUUCUUUUCUCACUCUGUCUCUGUAUCGUCUAGUCAACUAUUUUAUCCUCUCUCUUCAAUCCUACCUCCGUAAGAAAAGAACUUGGAGAAGGAAAAAGAAAAAAAGAGAUGAGGGUUCAUACGCGGAGAUUAUUUGUCAUUAUUAUCAGAACUUCCUAUAGAUGGAUCUGCACUCAUCCCUAUCUCCUUGGCUGUGUUGGGGUUGCGUAUCUUCUGUAUAGAGCUUGUCCUCUUUUGUUUUCUCCCUUGCUGGCUGCAUCUCCUGUUCUGGUUUGCACAUUCGUUUUGCUUGGAGCUAUUCUUAGUUUCGGUGAGACAAAUAUUAUACCUGAGAUCGAAACAGAACCGGAGACCACUGUUCACGAGGCUGCUCUUUUCACAACUGAGGCUUCGAGGGAUCCCACUGUUGUUGAGAGAGGCGACGAGAGUUUUAAGGUGGAGAGGUUCGUGGGCACAGAGAAAGAUGUUGCUGAUAGAUUAGUGGAAAACCAGCUGAGUGAGGUUGAGGACGGUGAUGGUCAACCAUUUGAUUAUAGGCCUUUGGUUGAUCAGAUUCUUGAUGAGGCCAAACGAGAUACUCAUGUAAGGUUUGAGGAGAGAGAAGAGGAGAAGUUUAUUGGAAAUGAUGGGAAGCGUGAUGAACAAUGGAGGAAUGUUGGUGGUUCUUUAGAUGAGAUGAUGGACGAUUCAAAGGAAGAUCAGGUGGAUUUAACUCCUUGGAGACCAAUGAGGCAUGAGGAGGGCGAGGAUGAUGAUGAUGAUGAUGACUCACUGGAUUCUAGUUCUGAUGGUGCGGAAAGUUCUUCACCUGACCCCUCUAUGACAGACAUCAUCCCCAUGCUUGAUGAGCUUCACCCGCUUUUACACUCAGAGAAUCCAGGUCGUGGUAUUGAAGGAUCAGAUGCAACUUCAGAGGAGCCAGAUAUGAGUAGUAGUGAUAGCGAUGAAGGAACGGAGUCUGAUGUUAACAGCGAGAGUCAUGGAGAAGAGGACGACAACAAGAAGAAAGAAGAGGAAGAGGAAAAGAAGGAAGAAGAGAAUGACGAUGAAAGUAAAUCACCUAUCAAAUGGACAGAGGCUGACCAAAAAAACGUCAUGGAUCUAGGAAGUCUCGAGCUCGAAAGAAACCAACGGUUGGAGAGUCUUAUCGCCAGGAGAAGGGCUCGCAACAAUAUGAGAAAUCUGAUUGAUUUUGACUGUGCUGAUGUUCCUUUUAAUAUGCCGCCAAUCUCAACCGCAAGGCAGAAUCCAUUUGAUCUUUCAUAUGAUGAUAUGGGAUUACCACCUAUCCCUGGCUCUGCCCCGUCCAUUAUGUUCGCGAGGAGAAGAAACCCGUUUGAUCUUCCGUACGAGCCAAAUGAAGAAAAGCCAGACCUCAAGGGUGAUGGUUUUGAGGAAGAGUUCUCUUCUCCACAACGUAAGGAGCCAGUGUUCAGAAGACAUGAGAGUUUUAGUGUAGGUCCAUCGAUGCUCGGAGGUCCCAGACAUGAUAGGCUACGACCUUUCUUCGUGCUGGAAAGAUUAGCACACGAGAGAGCGAGCUAUUAUCCAUUUGAAAGGCAGCUCAGUGAAGUUAGUGAAUCAAAAGUCAGUUCUGUGCCUGAUACUGAAUCUGUCUGCACAAUCCUAGAGAGUGACGAAAAGAAGGUGGAUGAAGAUGAUGCUGAUCGAGAAACCGAUGUAGCUAAAACUGAUAUGGCUUCUGACCAUGAUGAAGAAAAGGGUCAUUUGUCAGAAGAUUCUGAUUUUGAUGAACAAGCUGAUAGCAAAAAUCGUCAUCUUGAUGUGGCUGAGAUAAUAUUAGGAAGUGCAGAAACACACGUUACACACCAUGAGCAAUCAAACAUGAUGGACGGAGAAACUCCUGAUAAGACAAAUCAUGAUGAAGAGGAUUCCAGUGAUGGUGAAACAUCUUUAUCAGAGAUAGAAGAAGAGAUAGCGCAUAUUAGUGAGAAUGAAGCAGUGUUGAUUUCAGAGCAGAAAGUUGAUCUUCAUGAGAAAUCAGGUACUUCUUCUGGAGGAUCAGAUAUUCACGUUGCAAGAGGGAUGGAGGAUGAUUAUCACCAUGAUAAGGAGCCUGCUUUCAUUACUCCACUCCCCUCCCUGGAGGAGUCAGCAAUUCAUGAUCUUUGUGGUUUGGUGGGCGACCACCACGAAACACCUGUCUAUGAUUCGAGUCCUCCCUCAGCCAGUAGAUUCCCAUCAUUUUCUUCCGUAUCAUCUGAUCACAAACCAGAUCUACCUGGAAAGAGUGACGAAGAAGUACAAGAAAAUGCAGAUAAUGAACGUGAAGUUUAUUCUGAAAGCAUAGGUCCUGGUGAGACUGAAACAAGCACAAGGGAAGUAGGAGAGAAUAGCAUGCAUGAUACAGGAGAGGCGAGCGUUCUCGUUGCGGAGGUUGGAAUUGAUGGUCAAAAGAACUCAACUGUUUCAGUGUCUGAAUUUGAGGAAGCCUUACUUGAUCCGUCGUCUCUACCUUUUGAUAAAAACGAGAAUGCUGAUCACCAGGAGGAUUAUCCUUUGUCUGUUUCUAGACAAGAAGACCUGAAAGAUCUGCAUGAAGAAGUGAAAGAGGAUGUAGAUACCAGAGAGCUAGAUGUUAGUGAAUCUUUGGUGGACUUGGUUUCUCCUACCGAAGAGGAAGUAGUAUCUACAUGGAUGGUUGAACAUCAUUUCCCAGGUGAUACAAGUUCACCUUUGGGAUAUGGUGACACGACGGAGCAUGUGAAAACACUGGAAGAAUCACCUGAUGUGGUACAUGAUAUAGCUGAAACUUCAGUAAACAGAUCAGUAGCUGAAGGCAUAGUGCAGGAGGAAGAGAAUAAACAAAAAGAUGAAGCCAGUCCUCAAACAUUCACUGCAGACAUCCCAAUAGACAGCUACGCCACUCUGUCUUCUGGAGCAGUUGAGUAUGUUGAGACGCAUUCAUUUAAUGACGAAGAUGCUCCGAAGGCGGAACAAGAUCCAGUUCAGUCAUCAGUUUCUGAUGCCAAGGAAGAAACACACUCUAACCAAACUAUGGUUAUUGAAGUAGACUCUGUGAAUACUAGUGCUCAAAAUGUGGGAUCCGAAGAAACGACUCCAUCUGAAUCAGAUAGAGAACCAACCUGUUCAGAUAAAUCUGUGGUAGAACAAUCAUCCCUUGAACCUGGUGAAGAUCAAGAACCAGCUCGUGCAGCUCCUCUGAGUGUGGUCUUUUCCCGUAACGUCACUUUCCACGAGUAUCACGAAGCUCCUGAGGAUACAACAGAGUUAUCUUGUUUGACAUCUGAUACAUCCUCAUCUCCAGCAGAGUCUCCUGAGUACGAAACACCUAUGGUUGGUGAAGGCUCAAAGACGGAGUUCUUCCAAGAGACUGUUAAUGAGGGGCCUGACCAUGUGGUCGAGCAAUUAGAUCAGCUUACAGAUUUACAUGAAAUAUCUCAAAGUCCUCCUGAAGUUAUCGCUGAAGAGGCAGACGAGAUAAAAGAGAUUGAUGAAGGGUUGUUGUCUGAACUUGACACGAUUGGAGACUUCGGUGUUAAGGAAGUUGUGACAGAUUCUGAACCUGGGCCAUCUUCAGUAGGGUCAGACACUGCCAAAGAACUGACGGAAGCUCUGCCCGUUCUGGAAGUGAGAUCUGUUGAAGACAUAGAAUCUGCUUUCCAGCAGAUCCAUGAAGGAGCUGAGGUUGAGGAUGUUAUUCUUCCAAGCACCGUUCAAGACCAGUUGGCUCAAGAAAAUUCUGAAAACUCAACAGAGGCAAAAUCAGAGUUAACAGUUGUGGAAGCUACGUCGAAAGAUGAUCUAGAUACUGCUAUGAAUGAGGCUGUAGUAGAGAGCAUGGGCAAGCAACCAAUGUCACCAGAAACAGAUGGUGGGUCUGGAGAAACCAAGUGCGGAGUUGAAAUGGAACCAUCAGGGUCUUUAAUUGAAGAAAGAUCUCUUGAUGAGACAAAUGUUAAUCUUAACAACACACCUGAGAAAGAAGAAGAUGAGGAAAGUAGACCGAAAGAGAGAACCACAUCCGAUGUAUCGUCUACCGAAACUCGAUCACUGGAGGAAACUUCAAAAUCAAUAGAGGAGAUGUCAACGGAAGUAAUCUCGGAAAGAGUGGUGAUUCCCACAGAAGCCACUGAGUCUAGUAAUGUAACACUAAGCGAUGAAGUAGUGACUGAGGAAGCAAAAGCUGAAACCUCAAGUAACCUUGAUGGGACUGUACAGAGUCCUGAGUCCAAAGAAACUCGGGAAGAUUCGGAGGAAAGCAUCUCAGAAGUAAAGACAGAGAAGAACGAUAAGGGUAGGUCCGAUUCUUCAGGCUCGAGCUCAAGCUCUAGUUCAAGUGACUCAGAUUGAAAAACAAUAUCGAAGGGUAAUGCAUCUCAACUCCUAGUAUAUAUGUUUGUUACACGGUAAUUGAUAGGCACUUCUGGGUUUGUUUUUUUUCAUCAGACUGUGUGCUCUGUUUUAAAAGGGGCAGGAAGAGGCCGCUAUUCAUUUUUUUUUGUACUGAGUUUUCUCCUUUUCCCGGUUUGUGUGUAUGUAUGUGUAUGUGUGUUUCCGUUUCUCGUGUUUCAGCUUCCAUAUUUAUUGAUUUGUAUUUUUUUGAUACUAUUCUGAGGUUUUUUCAGGGUUUUUGGUUUGUGACUUUAAAUAUUUUCUCGUGUUUUUGGGGGUUGUUCUAAAUUAUUUUGUAUUGAAACUGAGAAAUGAGAAAUAAGAAAUGUAUUGAUGUUUGGAUUCUUC